AUGGCGCGCGGGGAAGCGUGGGGCGGGGCGACGACGCUCAAGCAGGCAGCCACCAUUAACUCUCUGCCUCCCGAAUGGCUGCCUUUCGUCGAACACGACGCCCAUUGGCCAGCCGCCUUGCGCCAAAACGCGUCCGCCAUCGAGCUGCAGUUCAAGUCCUCGCGCGCGCAGGUCCCGCAGGUGACCGCCGCGAAGAAUCGCGAUGGUGGUAACCAUCGCGACGACGCGUCAGUUGACGUUUUUUCGCAGUCGUCAGGGCUGUCGGAAGACGAGAUCGCGAUCGCGGCGCACAUGGCGAGGAUGGUUCAAACAGACGUCUCUUCCGCUCGCAACCACGCUCACGCCUCUGCUUCUCAAUCCGGACCGUUCUUCCAUUUCCUCGACUGCCCCUCCCGGAACGGAUCUCAGCCGUCCGUUGGAGCACCGUCGCCCCCGCGGCUGGAGUCGAUCGACUCCUUUAAGAGCCUCGCGGACCUGGCGGUGCGCUCCGCGUUCUCCCCGUACGGCUCCGCCUCCCCCGCGAGCUCGGAGCACGCGGGUGCUGCGGUCGCGCUGUCGCGAUCGUCCUCCGAAAUGGACGGCUGCGAUUUAAGCUUGUCGCUGGGCAGUCCGUCCGUCCUUGGCGCAGCGGCGGAGGCGGAGAGGGCAUGGGCGAGCACUGCGGAGGUGUGGGGCGCGGAGGUAUCGAUGGAGCAGUCGGGGGAGAGCGGGCAGGGGGGGUACAUGGGGGUCGGUGGAAUGCUGCAAGCCAACAGCGGCUGCGCCAACGGCUGGUUGCUCCGCAUGCCUGCUGGAAUGGGGCGUGCGGGCCAGGGAGCAUUCACAUUCCAAAUGGCCUCCAUGCGAAUAGUCCCUCCUUCAUUGCGUGCACCGAGACAACCACUCAUUAUGCCGCUGCUGCACCCAAUGCCACCAGGCUUGCCCUUCAUCCCAGCGCAGCACCCACACCCAGGGGGUCUGUCUGUCUGCCCCAUCCAAUCCCACAAACAUCCCUUCUCCCUCCUCUUCUAG